CAACCAAGUGAAACAUAUAUGCAAGAACUAAGUAAAACUUACAUGCAACAACCAGGUGAAACUUAUAUACACCAACUGGGUACAAAUUAUAUACAACAAGUAGAUGAAACUUACAUACAACAACUGGGUGGUAAAGCUUAUGUGCAGCAACCUUUCAAUUUACCUUAUUUAUCUUUGGAUGAAUAUAGCUUAAAUGAUAUUGGACAAUUGUCUAAUAAUUCUGAUGAAGUUGAACAAUUGUCUAAUAAUUCUGAUGAAAUUGAACAAUUGUCUAAUAAUUCUGAUGAUACUGACAGAAGAUAA